AUGUCUCUGCGUGGGCCUAUGCGGCGGUCCCACUUGCGGCAGGUCAGCGCCGCAAGCUUGGAGAGCCUCUCAACGGCCCACUCAAUGGAGGCGUCGCAUCGUGACCAUGGCCCCACGCUGGACGGACGCAUGGUUCGAAUGUCGACAAGCCUGGCUAGGCGACAAUGCACCUUAUGGGUUCACGAUGAGAUGUUCUCGCGCGAAGAACUUCUACUCAACCCCUCUGCCUUUGGAGAAAGUGAAGUCCAAGUCGGUGAUAUUGUGGAGAUUCUGCCAGUACGUGGAUCUGGGGAUCCGAUCCAUUCUAGUCUGAAAGCCGAUGCUUCAGUGAAGAUAGCGCGCGACAGCUUGAAUGAUGCGGGUGUCUCUUCGAAGCCUGACAGCACUUCGAAAUUCAAAACGCCGCUUCAAAGUCGAUGUCUAUGUGUGGUGAAACCAAUGCCGGCUGAGAUCAAGGCUCGCCAUCCCAAACUGGAAAUAUCCGUGACCAGCAGUGUGGCCAACAUCUUUGGGCUCAAGAACCGCACUCAGGUAUAUCUGUCGAUUGUGGACCGAAAGAAUUGCGCUGCCUCGCAUGUGGACAUUGCGUUCCGUGAUCAGUACAUGGUCCGUUCAGACAUGUGGCGCCUCGUCGAGUCAGAGCUCGUUGAUAAGAUUGUCUACAAAGGACAAAAGCUCAUGUUCAUGGGUAGUAUCAAAGCAACUGUGAAAAAUAUCUUCAUUCGUGAGAAGAAGGUCCUCUCGGGCUAUUUUGCACCCAAUACGAUUCCCGUCUUCAGAAGCGAGUCGGCCAAAUAUGUCCUGUUCAUCCAAAUGUCCCGCGAAAUGUGGGACUUCGAUUCUGAGGGGUCGGGGGACAUUCUCUUCAGUAGGGUCAUCAACGGCUUUUUGCCUGAGCUUUUCAAGAGAUGGGCGAAUUCCGAUGCGAAGCACUUGGUCACUAUUGUGCUGUUCACCCGUGUCGAGUACGACGCAGCGGCCCAUCCUGACCUGUCUCAAUUUACUGGUGGAAAUCUGAGAACCGAUUCGAGCCCUAACCAAAUGGCAACGCGAGACUUUUAUCGCGUCGUGGUCAAUGACAUGGCCAGCGGUCACUGGACGACGAUUCUGGAUGAACUCAAGAAGAACUUUCGAACAUUCUUGAGAGAUGUCUCAAUUUUGAAGUCGGACGACUUAGAACUCCCUUCUGUCGGCAAUGUCCGACCGAAUUCCAAAGUGCACACCGCGAUUAUUGCCGGGCGUCCGAGUACGGCUCUUCGAGGCAACAUUCUCGAGGCCAUUCAUCUUGCAUCCGCUCAUCUAGCUUAUGAUCAUAUUGACCGGGAUAUGGUACAUACGGGAACGUCAAUUAUUGUCAUUACGCCUGGAAGCGGCGUUUUUGAGGUUUCGUAUGAGUCCUUAGCCUCUACAACUGAGGCCUUGGCGAAUCGGGGCAUCGCGAUUGAUUUGGUUUGCUUGAGUCCCAUGCCCCUUCAUUCAGUUCCGCUGUUCAAAUAUCGGGAGCCUACAGAACGAUUUGUAAGCCCACGGCCAACAAGCCAAGCCUAUGGAACUAAUCUGUCUCCCGAGACUCACCAUUCCAUCUCAAGCCUGACGAGCCGAUCCUCGUAUCUGUCACCUGGAUCCUAUUUUUCGGCCUCGCGGAUGCGAGAGCGAAACAACAACCAAUCGAAUAACUGGUGCUAUGGAAUUCCGCACUGGCUCGACAUUUCCUAUUGGAAUCCCGAAACGUAUCGAGAAGCUCGACGAGUGCUUAAGAAUGAUCCCAACGCACCCAUUCCGCUAACCGUCACUCGUCCAUCCAAGGCUUUCAUACCGAGAGUUCGUAUGUACGAGAUUCAAAUGAUGGGUGUAAUGGAAAGUGAACAAUCAAACAUUUCAAUCCCAUAUCUCAUUGAAGAACGCAACAUUCGCAGACGCCGUGAAUCUGGACAGAGCGUUGUUGGUUCUACUCGAGGUAGUGGGAAAGCUCGUUUCGCGAAUUCGUCCUCUCUCAAAGUACAGUACAGUGAUAGCCUGCGGCCAGAGCGAUCCUCCAUCCUGGAGAGUAUCUCCGAUUCCAAUGAGCUCGAUACAAGUAGGCCUCAAAAGACACGCAAGGCUGUCAUGGCUUGGAUGGAUCAAUACGAUGACAAUCUGUUCUCCGCAUCUUCGAAGCAGCGUCACGCUCAGAAGCCCCUAAGCAAGCGCAUACAUGAGCCGGAGGUACAAGCAAACGGCGCUCAUGAACGAAUGUCCGCACGGUCUAUCCUGCGUCUUCGUGAGCAUGAGUCCAAUUCAAGCGAAAACAGUCAAAUUCCUCGGGCCAGCGGGCCGCGCAGACUCGACGAAUCGGCAGUUUCCACCCCCAAAAGCCCAGUCUCUAUCAAGAACCUACCGGCGGCUAAACCUGCAUUGAAGCCUCCUGCAGCCGUACGACCGCCCUCUCGAAUCUCGCGUACUAUCAGUUUUGCUCUUCGUGGGUUGAGCGCCACUCCACCGAGAGCGCAAGCAAGCACGGGCAUUCAUGUUGAACAUGCCAACGCAGGACCCAUGUCAAAUAAGAGGGGUUCUACUAGUACCUUCUCGGAUACCAAGAGUGUGGCGUCUCUGAGCCCUUCCGAUACUGCAUCAAUUCGCACAAUAGCCGAUGUUGUUCCCCCGGAUUCCACUCCCCCAAAACUGCACCUGGAGACCCGUCCAACUCCCUCGAAGCCAAUAUCUAUCAAGACUGUGUCGAGAAAGCCUUCCGAAGUCGCUGCCCAGUCCACCCGUGCCCAAACGCAGGGAUCAUUGUCAACCUCGGCCGCAGAUGCUCAAUCGAAUGAAGAGGUUCCUGGAGAAGGCCCAUUCCGACCGCGCGACCGGAAAGUCGAGAUCACCAUCAACCGCAGUUCUCGCGAUAUCUCUGUGAGGGCAUCACCGAGUAAAGCUUUGUCUCCAUGGGUUCGUUCCAUAAAUCCUUGCAAUACUCCCAAGGACGUUCUUCGGGAUACUAGCUGGUUUGGCCGAUGGCAACACGCUUAUCCUCGGCCCCCCCACGUUGCGGUGGUCAAAUGGAAAAGUUUGAAGUCCCCGGCAGUCCUGCCAUUGACGACUGAGGAAUUUCCAACUGCCGCUGAGCUUGCAUCUGAGUACCUGCAGACACCUUAUCGGGUGGCUCCUAACGAUGAGUCAGAGGCCUUUGAAGCGCCCAAAACUAGAGGCACGCUUCUGAGGGAGAUGAUUUCGCUCAGAUUAUCUCAUGGUUUCCAGAUAGUUGUUGGUAAAAAUGUUGCCGAGGGAACAGCGCGGCCCCUUCUUGAGAGCUUCAACGUCUUCGAUACACGAGGUCUCGAACGGGAUGGCGCCAUAGUAUUCCUUUCCAAAGGGAAUACAAUUCACCGUCUCAACUGCAUAGGUGGUGGAGAGAUCGAAGUGACUCGUUUUACACACCAAACGUCUGCUCCGCUUACUGUCCCAAAGCGCUCGAAGUCUACUUCGUAUCAACCUGCCAUGCGAACAAUUUUAAGUACGGAGUACGAGAUCAAAGACAUCGAGCUGGAUUCAACAGCGGAGGACUACAACUGGAACUACGCGGAUAACUACGUUGCGGGCCAUCGUGAUUACCUCCAAAACCCAGCCAAGCAACUCCAUUUCUGGCGAGUGCGCUAUGUGUUAAUCCCAUUACAUUUGCAUGCAAACAAUCGCCGGCACUUACAGUCGUUCAACGAGGAUAAUGAGGAGGAGAUCCAUCUGCUGGGAAUCAGCCAGCUAACCCACAUCUGGCAGCGACACAAAUACGUGUCUCCGGAGGAGAAACGCUUUGAGACGUCCACUAAAAAGAGAGACGCAAACCCACUGAACAUCAUGUAUCAGACACGAAACCCAUCAGAGGUGGUAGCUGCAGAGCUGGACCGGAUAUUACUGACGGAUCCGCGACUUGAUAACCCUCCUGCUCAGCUUCUCCCGGAAUCUGAACUUCUCGACCGAUCUAGCGUCAACUUAUCAAGCCUAGCGCAAACCAUUCAGGGUGAAAAGGGCGUCCGGAUGAUGGAUAGACGUUGGCAUUGGCGGUUGCACUACAAUUGUUUCAUUGGUUUCGAAUUCACAACUUGGUUGCUCCAGAACUUCCGUGACGUCGAUACGCGUGAAGAAGCCGUGGGGUUUGGAAAUGAACUGAUGAAGCACGGACUUUUCCAACAUGUGGAAAAGCGGCACAAUUUCCGCGAUGGUAAUUACUUCUAUCAGAUUUCCGCUGAGUACCGGGUGACACGGCCGGAAUCUCGCAGUGGCUGGUUUCCUCAACUUCGAGUUGACAAGUCAAUGCCGUCCACGCCCGCCAUUGGAAAUGCCAGAGACUCUCCCUCUAGUUUUCACACUCGUUCAGACAGCACUGAAGAUCGAGUGCCAAUCACACCCAAUACACCAUCUAAAGCAAAGAACAAGGUCGCCAUCAUGCUCUCCAAAUCGCUGAAAUACGAUGUCGAUAACCGGAAACGAUCCAACCGGCCCGAAGUUGUCGAACUCCAUUACGACCGGCUGCACAAUCCUGAGAAUUGCUUCCACAUCGAGCUCAGCUGGAUGAACACUACACCAAAGCUCAUUGAGGAUACAGUCAGUUCAUGGGCCUCGACUGCUGAAAAAUUUGGUCUUAAGCUCGUUCAAGUACCGAUUGCCGAGGCCUGUGCGAUCGACAGGACCCAACCUUUUCGCAGGCCGUUUGAGCUCAAAUUGAAAGUUCCACCCCCCAAAGCUCCCGUUCACACUGUUUUCAACAAUGCCUCUUUCGCGCAGCCCGGACCACCCGAUAAGCUGUACUACCAGAAAGCCCUGUUGCGCAAAUUUGACUUCGUGUUGGAUCAGGAAGCCUCCACGGCAUUCCCUGCGGAUGUCGAGGUGUCUUUCUCCUGGGGCAAGCCCGAAUACAAGUAUCCACAAUUCAUUCAUCGGACCGGCAGUCUCCUUGCUCAGAUCACCGACGAGGGUCAUUUCUUGCUGCUCGCUAAUCGACUCGUGAGCACGAGAAGCGUAGCUAGCCGAGACGCAGGAAGAUACGAGCAUCACAGUCGGCCCGAAUACCGUGGACGCGCCACGACCCAUGAUGUACUUGAUCGCAUCUCGCCGCGAUUAUCACCACUGAUACGACCACUCCAUGACGUAGGCAGUCCCAUCUUCCAACCUGGAGCAAAGGAGAUCGACUCUGCGAAUCUUUACCGGGCACCUGAGCAUGUUCUCAACGGUCUAGCCGACUUCUGCAACGAUGCAGCCCAACUGGAACAAUUCUACAGCGAGUCGCAUGCCCGUCCGGUAUCGACAAAGGUUGAGCCCACUACGGCCAAUCUGAUGGACACUUCGAUUCCCACUCUCGAGCUCCCUGCCAGUGUGGUCAGUCACCAUCACAUCUCCCCUCCACCGGGUCUACCGUCGCGCAUCACCCGGGAGGCACGGGAUCACCGAGACGUGCUCAAAUCGCCCGAGACUGCACGCCCGCGCGCUCGGGGCGAGAGUAUCAGCUACAAAGGAAGUCCGCGCAGUGGCAGUUUGCGUCCUCUCAUGUAA